UUAUAGGGUUCAUCCGUAUCUUGCGGACAGAGGAGAGAAGGGUAGGUUUACGAAAGAUUUCGAAGAUUUAAGAGCUUCACCACAACGAUUUGCCGAAAAUUUUCGUAUGCAACCGGAGACCUUUGACGAACUUUUCGAUAUACUAGAGCCGCAUUUGCGAAGGAAAAGAAAUACGAGGCCACGAGACUCCAUCCCCGAAAAAGCCAAACUUGCUAUUGUUCUCGAGUAUGUUAUUUAUGAUAUUAAAUAUAGUACCUGGCAUAUAGCAUCUUGCUAUCGAAUAAGCCAGCAGCAUUUUGGGAAAAUCAUAACGAAAGUGUGUUCCGCAAUCGUAGAAGCUUUCAAGACUGAAAUACCAGAGUGGUCAGAAGACAAUCUAAAGAAAUUCUCAGAUGGGUUUAGCGAUGUGUGGAACUUCCCAAAUUGUGUGGCUGCUAUAGACGGCAAACAUGUUGUUAUAAAAGCGCCACGAAAAAGUGGAAGUGUUUUCUUUAAUUACAAAGGAUUCUAUUCAGUGGUUCUUCUGGCAACUUGCGACGCUGUUUAUAAAUUUACCUAUGUUGAUGUAGGAGCUUACGGUAGCGAAGGCGAUUCCAACAUUUUCAACAAUUCAAAAUUUGGCGAGAGAAUAUUAAGCGAUAGAUGUCUAUUCCCAUCAGAUACUACGAUCAUGGGUAAAAGAGUUCCAUUUUUCAUGGUUGGAGAUGACGCAUUCCCAUUAUGUAAACGAAUCAUGAAGCCAUACAGUGCAAAACCAUUGUCGCCGGAUGAGCGAAUUUUUAAUUAUAGGCUGAGUAGGGCACGACGCUGCAUAGAAAAUGCAUUCGGUAUAUUAAGUGCAAGAUGGCUUUGCUUACGGAAGGUGCUUUUUUGUAGUCCAGAUCGUGCUCAAAUUAUCAUUAUAGCCUGCUGUUUAUUACAUAACUUUUUGUUAAGAAAAUCACAAUCUUAUUGUGAUAAUAAUUUCUCUGGCUUUGAGGAUACAAACCGAAUCUGGGUACACGGUGAAUGGGAGCCAUUAAUUUUAGGUGACUCCUUUAUUCAGAGUAAUUUGCCUGCGUUCCGAGGAAGAGCUACGGAUUAUGGAAAGUUUAUAAGAAAUAUUUUAAAGGAAUACGUUAACUCGGAGUCCGGAUCUGUUCCAUGGCAGAACAGCGCUGCAUUUGUAUAA